GGGGCGAGGCCGUGCGCGCUGAGGUCACACGCAGGCGAGGCGGAAGUGCCUGCAGAUUUUUUGACAGUGGUCCAGUAGCAGACACUGACUCUCGCAGCCACCUGUCCAGAGAUGGCAGUUUCCCCUGGAGCUGUGAUCGUCCCAGACUGGCACAAGUACCCAGAGGGCAAAGAGUACCUGGCCACCAUCCUGCGGAAAAACAAGCGGAAAUUCUUCGGGCUGAUUGAAAGGCCGGUGCUCCCCCCGCAGAUGGCCGCCGACACUGCCAGCUAUAAGAUUUUUGUCUCUGGGAAAAGCGGCGUGGGUAAAACCGCAAUGGUGGCCAAGCUGGCUGGCCUGGAGGUGCCCAGUGCGCAUCAUGAAACAACAGGGAUCCAGACGACGACGGUAUAUUGGCCGGCCAAGCUGAGGGACAGCGGCAGGGCGCUCAUCUUCAGGUUCCACUUCUGGGACUGCGGAGAAGCAGCUCUGAAGAAAUUUGAUCACAUCCUGCCGGCCUGCAAGGAGAAGGCAGACGGCAUCCUCUUCCUCUUUUCUUUCACCGACCGCUCGUCCUUCGAUGACCUCCCCAGCCAGAUCUCCCGCGUCACGGAGGGAUCCGAAAACCUCGUCAAAAUAGUGAUUGGCUCCAAGUUCGAUCAGUUCAUGCACACCGACGUCACAGAGCGGGACCUGGCCGAGUUCCGGCGAGCCUGGCGCCUGCCCGUGCUGCGGAUGAAGAGUGUGAACGGGCCCCGGCUGGCCGACGGGCGGACCCUGGAUGGCCGCGCUGGGCUGGCGCAUGUGGCGCACGUGCUGAACGGGCUGGCGGAGCACCUCUGGUACCAGGACCAAGUGAUGGCCGGCCUCGUCCCAGCACCGCAGCCUGGCACAGAGGAGACAUCCCGGUGCUGA